AUGGACGAGUUACUCAAGGAAUUCGGUGCAAGCUUUUCCACACCUGCCACUAGACUCUUCGAUGACGCCGAAGGUGGAUCGAAUGCAGCGGUGCCAGAUGUGGGGUUCAAACUGUUUGGUGAAUCAGUGGCUGGUGCAUCGACUCUUGCAGGCGGUGCAGACACUGCGUUUGACACUUGGAGAGAUGAUCCCACCGUCAAGACUCGUGACCAGGCAAUGACACCAUUACAGAUUGAGCUAAGACAGUUCGGGGCGGAGAUAAACAUCAGGGCUUCAGCAGGGGUUGAUGCAGGCGGAAACCAGGUGAUGGGCUGCGCUGGGGACCUCCCAGCAGGCAUGCUCGGACCAGGAGCUGCAGGAAUCGCAGGAAACGUGACUCCUUAUGCAACCACAGCAGGCUGGAAACCUGUACCACUUCUCCCUGAAUUUCAGAUACACGACAGUAUGACAGGCAGGGAAGUACGAGGCCUGGCUGUCGCUUCAGCCCGCUAUUAUGGCGGAAUCACAGCAGACAAUUGCCAAAGCCAGAUCACUGUGCCAUGGAACAGGACGAAACACAGGACAACGAAUUUGACGAGCAUUUUCCACAGCCUUCACAGGUUCAUGAUUGCGCGACUCCAAGCCGAAACACUCGGUUGGACAGCAAACUGGAUCUCGCCAGCCAAUGUCAGCAUGGGUAUUCCCACCAAUCUGGUGAACAUUCGAGCUGGUGCCGUGGGCGCAGGUGUUCUGGCACAGUUAGGAAACGGAGCGGAUAUUCAGUUCAACACGGUUGAACUUACAAACCGUGAACGGGUCCUAUUGGUAUGCACUAUUGUUGGAUUCGCCGGCGUCUAUCAUGAUAAUGUGGCAGGACCGAACGGUGCGAUCUGCACUGAAAUCGUUCCUGCAUGUACACAAUUGACGCCCGGUGUGAAUUCAAUCACGCUAUUCACCGAUGGACUCGCAGGUGCUGUGGGCAAUCUUCAAGCGGCGCCACCAACUUAUGAAGAGCUUGCUGCAUUUGUUCGCAAGCUAGCUCUGCUACGACCAGGGAAGCUGGCGUAUGCUACUGGCAAAGCGAUGGCAGCAGCGUCUGGUAUGGCGGUCAAUAUGACACACACUCCGGGCGUGGACCAAGGGAUGGUGAAUCAGGCUGCAGGGAAUGUAGCAGCAGUUCACAUCCCAAACUUUGGAGCAGCUCAUCAUGAUGUGAUUGGCAGCACAGCAGGUGGAGCAAGGAUGCAACUCUUCAUACCACGACUCUACACACCUGCUGAGUAUUUCAAUGAGAUGCAGACACCAGCACCAGCUGGUGACUACAGCAUCGGAGCUGCUGAUCUGGUCCAGUUCGAAGGCUCAGGUAAUGACGGAGGUCAUGCCCAGCAGCAACCAGAAGGUGGUGAUCCCAAAGGUAUAGUAGAAGAUGACAAAGGCGACACGACCAAGUUGUCAUAUCAGGCAGCACUCGCGUCACAGUAUGGCUUUGUUGAUGAAGUGAACAGUUCAUUCUACUUCAUCACUCAGCUUGUGAUUGCGGAGAUUGUGGCAUACACUGUCACGACGGCUAAUGCUGAUCAAGGAUUGAGUGCGAGAUUCUGGAACAACAAUCUCGUACCUGGAGCAGCACAGCCAUCAUUGGACAGAGCAAUGAUGUUGAGAGUGGAUACUGAUACAGUAGCUCCACUGGACGGAUUUGCUCAAAGUGUACGACGCAUUGCUCCCGCUAUAUUGCGAGUAAAGCUUCCAAAGUUCGUUGUUGCCAUGACCAGAUGCUCAACAGAACUGGCAGGCGAUCGGGGAUUUUUCGCAUACCUCAGGUAUUCUGGAAGGAUCUAUGGAACUGAACAAUUGGCUGAGGCUGGAGAUAUCGUACUGACUCCAGUUGUGAAAGGUCUGGAGAAAGGCGGCCCAAAAGCUUUGGUGGGCAUGCUGCCUAACUUCAGCAAGGAGGGAGCUCGCUUUGGGUACAGGACUGCACUCUUGCUCGCACAGGGCCAGCCCAACAACUGGACACUGAGCAUCCCUGGAUCGGGUCAUGCAACAAUACAGCUGCAGAAUGCGUUGGCGAUUCCCAACGCAAUGUUCGCAGUGAGAGCAGCUGGAAAUGCUCUCGCUGAUUCAACAGAUCCGUUCUCAGUCUUACCAGUGCAACGGUGGGCAUCACGAAGCUAUGUUGCCUUCGGGAAAGGGCCGGCGAAUUUGACACCAGCUCUGAGGCGUCAGUUUACGAUGGCUGUGGAUGGCAAGAACAUCUUCGGCUAUGCUGGCUACCACUUUGAAGGUCAUGAUGAGUGA